CCAGACUUGUCAACUGACAGUCUGGAGUCACUCAUGUGACUCCCCGGCUGAAUGCCACGGCAAUUCCCCAAAACAGUUAGGGCGGGACAUCCCCGGCCGAGGUUUAACUUCAACUUUUCCCUCUGCCCCUCAUACUUGGGUCCCUUGCUGCCCGUGGCAUUUAUUUUCCGUGCGUGUCAUUUGGCUCGGUAGUAUACUACUCAGCUGCAACCAGCUAUUGACUACUUACUAUCUGCGACUGGCUGCAGUCAUUGAUACAUGCGAACCAAUCCGGAGGUGCCGCAACUAAUGUGCUUUACCACAUCUGGUUCUAGCCUACAUGGCUUAUCAUCGACUUCGCUCCUCUGUCAGGUUUGAAGACCUGAAAAUCCGGAGGUAUGCCUUCCUGGCAUACAAUUGUCUUGAAUUCUGCCAUCUACCUUGCAGAUGGCGCUGCCUGGCACUCUUACUCUGUAUUCAUGAAGAUCCAUCGCUUUAUCCAGCGGCAAAAAGUGACACUGAUCACAGGUUACACGAAAAUCGUAUUCCAAGCUGAUUGGACACCUAGAUGGUCGAUCUGUCUGUGUUGUAUCUGCAAAAUUAUACCCGAUGCAGGAAGGUUCUGUAGGGUCAGAUAAGUACUGUAAGUUCGUAUACAGUGUGACUUAGCACACAAGCAUAAAUUGUGUGGCUAGUCUUCCAGCUCUCUUAUCAAUCAUCAUGAAUUCGAG